AUGCCUUUGUGCGAUGCCUCAGCGGCGGUUGCGCCAAUGCCAUUGUUCCGAAAGCUCGGUAUUAUAAAGGCAGCGUUUCGACUCGAUGUUGCUCAGUCCAUCACAACUCCCACCCACCUCCGAAACCGAACCUCGAAGACCCAAAUUUUCGAACACCAUCAAAGCAGCAGGCCUGCUAACUCUCCCUCAAUCUACCGACAACCUACUCCAUCCGGAAUGGAGUCCAGACUCUUCUUCGAGACUUCUCUGGCCUACCAGAACCUGCGCGCCGAGGAGCUUGCAAUGGCAAACGACCCACACACGGCGCUAAGAGAUCUGGAGUACAACCUCAGCCUGCAAGCAGAGCUGAGGGAGUCGCUUCAUACCCUCGCGAAGGUCGCAGCCUACGCAGAGGAGCGCGAUCGAUUCAAGGCUCGAACUACCUCUUCGGAGAUGAGCAUAUCUCCGAACGCCUCGCCCUUCAACACACCCCAGAAGUAG